AUGCAGCGUGGUAUUGCAGGGAAGGCCUUGCAGGACCCAGUCGGGAUCACGGCGUUUCUUGGAGGCCACAAAAGGUUUGCGGGCAAAAUGAAGACGCGAUAUGAGGAUUUCAUUGUAAAGGAGAUCUCAAAAGAGGGUGAGGUCGUGGAAUCGAGCAAGGAAGGCAGCUUGCCUUUGGAGUUCAGGUCGCUUAAGGCUUCCACUGGCAAGCAUGCACGUAUGGUCCUCGCAAAGGAGAACAGAGAUGUAGCGGAUGCUGUUGCCAUGCUGGCUAAGCAUUUGCGCAUUGAUGCACGGAAGAUCGCCUUCCAUGGCCUGAAGGAUCGGCGAGCUGUCACAUAUCAGCAUAUCAGCGUACCAUGGGAGCUUCUAAAUGAGGAGCUCCUGGCAUCCUCAAUGUCGUCCUCGACCUGGGACCGUGCCGUGCACAUCAGCAACUUGACCAGGCAGGAUACUCACUGCCAUCUCGGAUGGAUGCUGGGAAAUGACUUCUGCAUAGCUCUGCGGGCUGCUGAGCUACAUGCCCACGCGGUCCCUGUAGAUCCUGGGGCAGCGCGAGCCAUGCUGAUGUCUCAAAUUGAGGAGGCAUCACGAAAUCUUUGCAGCAUUGGUUUCGUGAAUUACUUCGGUCGGCAGCGGUUCGGGCCCUCUGCCUGCAGCCCAUUGAUUGGCAAGGCCAUGGUUUGUGGGCAUCACGAGAUGGCCUGCCGGCACAUCGUCUGCUCCAUGCGUGAGGAUGCAGUUGGCUAUUUCGAGCACUUGUUCGCGCGACGCGAGUUCAAGAAGGCACUGGCCGAGACGCCAGCCCGGUGUGCUGUCGAGCGGCGGGUCUUGCGGCAUCUCUGUGCCAGUCCAGACGACUACCGUGGGGCACUGGGCUCCAUACCACGCCGACAGCGCCUGUUUUUUGCACGUGCCUUUGCAUCACUGCUCUGGAACAAGGUGGUCUCAGCAAGGCUGGAAGCCUUUGGCCGAGAGGUAUUUCCUGGAGACCUCGUCUUGAUACGUCGGGAAGAGGGCGAGCAAGAGGAGAGAAUGCCGCACAAUCAGUCGAGGUACGUGGCCAAGGGGCAGCGUCCGGACGUUCGUCUGCCAGAAGUCCGAACGAUUCGCCCUGGCGAACAAGGCGAUAUCCCCUUCUCUGAUGUUGUUCUGCCUGUCCCGGGCGAUCAAUGCGUUUAUCCGGACCAUCUUCCAACCCAAAGGCUUUACGCAGAGGUGAUGCAGGACAACCUCUUCCCAUACAAGCUUUUUUCCGAACUGGAGCAGUCUUACCUGGAGGGCUCAUAUCGGCAUGCGAUAGCAACUCCGCUCUCAUUCCGCGCCCGAUGUGUGGGUUACGUUGAGCCGUGCAGCCGACUGAUGGUAUCGGCACUGGACCACAUCAGAGGACGCAGACUGGAGCCAGGUCAUGUUCUGGAGCUUGCCAGUGACAGCGCAGUUGCCGAACCAAGGCCCGAUGUUAGGACAGGAGUCAUUGUUAACUUGGCUCUUCGUGCGGGCCAGUAUGCCACUAUUGCCAUGCGAGAGUUUAUGCAGGGCCCUCCCAGCAACGAGUUCUACUCCUCCGGGUAA